AUGAACCAUUUUGAGGGUCCACCUGAAGGAGAGGUCAGUGAUGAACUAGGAAACCGAGAGGUGAAUGAGUCUGUGGAGGCUGACCUUGAACAUUCUGAGGUAGAGGAAGAACAACAACAUUAUGCAGUUCAUUAUCCAAGAUGUGCUAAUGGCAGCCAUGAAGGACAGUCUAGACAGGAAGAGGAGGGCACAUUAGCUCGGUCUGCCAGCACAGAGAGUGGCUUCCAUAAUCACACAGAUACUGCUGAAGGAGAUGUCAUAGCCACGGCAGAAGAUGGCUAUGAAGCAGACAGAGUGCUAGAAAAUGAGGAUGAGAGUGCCUAUGCAGUACAGUACAGGCCUGAGUCAGAGGAGUACACUGAAAAUGCUGAGGCAGAACAUGCUGAAACUAUUCACAACCGGACUCUUCCCAACCACUUGCACUUUCAUUCCAUUGAGCAUGAGGAAGCCAUGAAUGCAGCAUAUUCAGGCUAUGUCUACACCCACCGGCUCUUCCAUCGAGGAGAAGAUGAGCAGUAUGCAGAGCCCUAUGCUGACUAUGGACUUCAGGAACAUGUAUAUGAGGAGAUAGGUGACACACCUGACCUUGAUGUCAGGGAAGGUCUUAGACUCUAUGAUCAAGAGAGAGAGGAGGCUGAUAACUAUCGUAAGGAAGCCCUGGGUGCCCGACUGCACCAUUAUGAUGAGCGCUCAGAUGGAGAGUCUGACAGUCCUGAAAAGGAGGCAGAGUUUGCUCCUUAUCCAAGAAUGGACAGCUACGAACAAGAGGAAGAUAUUGACCAAAUUGUCGCUGAAGUCAAACAGAGUAUGAGUUCUCAGAGCUUAGACAAAGCUGCUGAAGACAUGCCAGAAGCAGAGCAGAAUGUGGACACUAGUAACACACCUGCUAAUAUGCGUCACAAAAGCAACAGUCAACUUUCAGUUGGUUCCAGGCCCCCUGUUAAUGUGGGAGAAACAGUGCAAAGGUAUAGCAAGGAGAAAAGGGAUGCGAUAUCACUAGCCAUUAAGGACAUUAAAGAAGCUAUUGAGGAAGUGAAGACAAGGACCAUACGUUCUCCUUAUACUCCUGAUGAGCCCAAAGAACCCAUUUGGGUGAUGAGACAAGACAUCAGCCCAACCAGGGAUGGUGAGGACCAAAGGCCACUAGAGGGAGAUUCUCCAUCUCCUGAUUCAUCUUCACCUCAAGGUGCUGAGUCAUCAAGUAUGCAACAUCACCAAGAUGUCUGUGGUACAGCAGAAACCCCAACCAGUAAGGAGUCAAGAAAAAGCUUGGCUUCUUUCCCAACAUAUGUUGAAGUUCCUGGGCCCUGUGAUCCUGAAGAUUUAAUCGAUGGAAUCAUAUUUGCUGCCAAUUACCUUGGCUCUACUCAGCUUCUUUCAGACAAAACUCCAUCCAAGAAUGUGAGAAUGAUGCAGGCUCAAGAAGCUGUAAGCCGAAUCAAGAUGGCCCAGAAAUUAGCCAAAAGCAGAAAGAAGGCCCCUGAAGGUGAAUCACAGCCCAUGACAGAAGUUGACCUCUUCAUCUCAACACAGAGAAUAAAAGUACUGAAUGCCGAUACUCAGGAGGUGAUGAAAAUUCCCUUUAAUUUGGAAAACGAAACUAUGAUGGAUCAUCCUCUGAGGACCAUUUCCUACAUUGCAGAUAUUGGGAAUAUAGUCGUAUUGAUGGCUCGCAGGCGAAUGCCAAGAUCUAAUUCCCAAGAUAAUGUGGAAGCAUCUCAUCCCUCUCAGGAUGGGAAGAGGCAGUACAAAAUGAUCUGCCAUGUCUUUGAAUCUGAGGAUGCACAGCUAAUUGCACAGUCCAUAGGUCAGGCCUUUAGUGUGGCCUACCAGGAAUUUCUGAGGGCCAAUGGAAUAAAUCCAGAAGACCUGAGCCAGAAGGAAUACAGUGACCUGCUCAACACCCAGGACAUGUACAAUGAUGACCUGAUCCACUUUUCUAAGUCUGAAAACUGCAAAGAUGUUUUCAUUGAAAAGCAGAAGGGAGAAAUUCUGGGCGUAGUGAUUGUAGAGUCUGGAUGGGGAUCCAUCUUGCCCACAGUUAUCAUUGCCAAUAUGAUGCAUGGAGGACCAGCUGAGAAGUCUGGGAAGCUGAAUAUAGGGGACCAGAUCAUGUCAAUCAAUGGGACUAGCUUGGUUGGCCUCCCACUCUCUACAUGCCAGAGUAUCAUAAAGGGUUUGAAAAACCAGGCCAGGGUUAAGCUGAAUAUAGUGAGAUGUCCUCCUGUAACUACUGUCCUCAUCAGAAGACCAGACCUCAGAUAUCAGCUAGGCUUCAGUGUACAGAAUGGCAUCAUCUGUAGCCUUAUGAGAGGAGGGAUUGCAGAACGAGGAGGAGUACGAGUGGGCCACCGAAUUAUUGAAAUAAAUGGGCAAAGUGUUGUUGCAACACCUCAUGAAAAGAUUGUUCAUAUUCUCUCCAAUGCUGUUGGUGAGAUUCAUAUGAAGACCAUGCCAGCUGCCAUGUACAGACUCUUGACUGCACAGGAACAACCAGUUUACAUCUAAACCUCACCCUCCCAGUGUGCAUGGAGGACAUCUUUCAUUAGUGGUGGUGUUUUCUUGUGCUGCAUUUUGGUGUCGGCAGCAAUCUCUCUUUCACUCUCUUUUCUCACCAUUUAUCUUUCUGCUGUGUAGAAGAGGAUGGUUUUGGUUGCUCCUUUUUAGUACUAGAGUCUCAUGUAAUCCUUCACAGAACAAAAAAAAAAAAUAACCAAGGUUUUCUUUAACACAACACACAGGCGCAUGCACUUGGUAGUGAUGUCAUUUUUGCUUCUGUGGCCGUUAAGACAGGAAGCCCAAGUAUAUGGAACGAAACUAAGUUAGAAUGCUCUUUUCACCAAAUAGGACAAAUGAUAGGGUAAAAGUCUCCUCUUAAGAGUGGUAGAAAAGAUGUUAACCUACUUAUCCUGUACCAUUGUUGUUCUGUGUAUGUUAGGAGAGCAGCAUUAUAAUUUUGCCCUAAGGAAAAAGUUAUGUUUGAAGAAGAAAAUUUGAUACCAAGGUGUCAGGUGAGCACUACUUCCCUAAUAUAGAUCAGCACCUUUAUAUUUGGAGACUGUUACUGAAAGCUAGUGAGUUAUGCCAUGCUGAAAAUCCUCUGGCAUUGCUAUGGGAGAUGUGCUUUCACAAUUUUGCUCUUUGGGAUUUAAGCCUUCCUCACUUCCUUUCCCAAAAGUCCUUUAUUUUUAAGUGCAGCAUGAUUUUUUGCAAAUAGCUUUUCUAAUUCCUACUUUCUUUCUAGGGUUGAGUGAUGUUAAAUAUCCAGCAGAAAUUAUGUGUGUGUGGUUGGGUGAGAAUGUGGUCUGAUCCUAACUUUCUAAGCUCUUUCAUUUUGUGUGUGUAUGUAUGUGUAUGUGAGCUAAUAGGUUGUCACAUUUUUAAACUGUAUGCUUGGUAUUUAUUAUUUUUUAACAGCUCUACAUGCACUUCUUAAUUGUUUUGUUCUUCUGAGCCAGUUUACUUUUUAACAUAUCUUUGGUCCAAAAGUUUGUAUUUAGUUUUUUAAGGACGAUUUCUCUUUAAUUUUGGACCAUAAUAGAACAGUGGAAGGUAUAAAUUUAAUUUAUUUUGUAAAAUAUACUAUAUAAAUAUAUAUAAAUAUAUGUAAAGUUAAUCCCAUGCAUGGGAUGCUAAAAGAGUAUGUUCAUUUCUCUAGAUGCUUGUGCAAUGAAAGAGUAUUCCAAAAAGCUUUGGUUAUGGUAUUUAAAAAUCAAGCAGGUCAGUGUAGAUUGUGUAAUAUUUGUAGUAAAACUAUUUGGCAAAAACACAAAAGUGUAGGUCCUGUGGCACCUUAAAACACUCAUUUUUUGCAUAAGGUUUUGGGGAUAUAGCCCAUAAAAGAUUCACUCACAAUAUACAUCUUGUUCUUUAAGGUGCCCCAAUAUUUGUUGUUGGUUUUGCUGUGACAGACUUAACAUGGUUAUCCUUCUGGAAUUUAAUAGUUGUGUGUGGGGGCGGGGGGUAGACAAAUAGGAAAUAUGGAAUAAUGAGGGAUAAGCUGGCAACCCAAUUUUGUGUUCAGGCCAGGGCAACACUGGUGUUCCAGGUUGAGUGUUUGCAUGUUGCAUGGAUGUGCAUUGAGCACACAUCUUGCAUUAGAUAUGUCAUGGUGUCCUCCUUGGGAUUCAGUGCCCUGCAUGGGUGUUGUAUGUAAAUGCAUGUGGACCCCAGCCUUCCACCACAAGCACAGAAACUCUGGGAGGGUGAGGGGGUGGUGCUGUGAUAGAACCUUGGGCCACUUACAGGAGCUUGUGAUACGAGCAGGUUGGCAGGUGGCAUCCAGUUCCUAUAGCUCUGUAUGCUUCUGAUCUCUAUGCACUGCCAGAAGUGGCUCUGCAACAUAGGAACAGUGGCAUGACUGGAGUGUUAAUUGGUUUUUUCAUUCAAAAAGGAGUUGCACAUGGCUAUAUUAAGUAGCUUAUGCAGAGACAGAUGCAAUAGAAGAAAAAUAAGUUGACUUCUCAGCCAGGUCAACUUAUGCAACCCAGUCUCGUCCUCUUAGCUUUACGUGAGCCCAUUAGAAUCAAUACCGUUUAAAUUUCAUUGCAAAUUUGAGCUAAAUUGGAUAGUUCAAUGCUGUUGCUUUCUUGAAGCUAAGUGGGCUAGACCUGUUCACCAGUAUGCAUGGGUGAGCAGUAUGAGUAGGAUUUACAUCUAAUUACCCCUCCCCCAUUUUUAAAAGCAAAGCAAAGUAUUACUUUAGCACUUGGAUUCCUAGGUACUUAACAUUUAACACUUGAAAUAAAUUAUGGGUAGUGAGAUGAAAGUAAGCAAAAUGCCCCAAAACUCUUCCCCACAGCAUCUUGGUCUAAAAAUCUAGCUGAGGCCCAUAGGGGCGGGGUUGAAUUUUCAUUUCUGAAAUGGAGGACUACAGCAGUAGCAAUGAGGGGGGAAACCUCUAUUAAAUUGGAGAAAACAGAAGUCAUUCUCAUAUAUAUACCCACACAAGUAAGAAUCGAAUAGGCUCAGGAUAACAACACUGCAAAUUACUCUAUUAAAUAAAAGGAAUCCCAAGUUUCAGAAUUACCAGCUUCCAAUUAAUGUAAUGUUAGUAUUUCUGAUUCAUAGUAAUGAUUUGAUCUUUGUCUAAGGCUUCCUCAUAUUGAGAGGAAUCAGUAAAGAUUGUUUUCUGUAAUAAGAUACUGGCUUUUAAAAAGACCGCUAUUUAAUACAUUCACUCCCAUAGUAACCAGUGUAGAUAAUAUAAUUCUACAUUUCCUAUGAUCAGUGCCAGCUGUUACUAACUUCUUUCCAUAAGAGAAAUACUACAGCAUCACUUUCUCCUAAGCUCUUAUUCCUCUUCAUUGAAUGAAGAAUUAGCCCCUGCUCAUUUCUUUCUGUACUGAGCAGCUUUUUAGAAAUUGAUUGGAUUUAAAAACCAGUCCUUAGAGCUUUCUUCUCAGCAGUGUUGAUUCCCAAAAUAGAUCAUCUACUAGUCCAGGUUUACCCAAGAUGCUUUUCACAGAUGUCAGAGAGACAGGCCAAGAUACUGGGAUAUAAUUGGGAAUAGGGCAGAUGGUUAAAAAUAAUCAAACCAAUGUAUGUAUAAACUUGAAUAUGUGCUUUACUUGAAUCACUAUUAACAUGUUUCGGAUAGUUUUAUGUUGAAGUAAAAAUCAUCCCUGUCUUAAACCUCUUCUGGCCUGUUUUUCUUGCUCUGUUGCAGCAGGUUUUCACACUGGUUGACAAAAGGGCUGGUUCACAGAGCAGCCCCUCAGCAUACUCACAAGUGCCCACAGUUACCGAAGGAGCAACAGCCAGAUGCAGAGAUAGCUAUGCCAUUCUCAUGAUUACAGAAGUUGGAAACAGUGCUUUUGUCCUUGCAGAAAUCAGUGUCAGCAGCUUUGUUCACAUGAACAUUUGUUCGCACAGUUCCGGUGCUGUAACUGCUUACAUGUUGGGGAAUCUGUCUUGUUUCCAUAGUAGGUCCAUUUCUAAGCUAACUGAACUUAGAAAUUAUCAUUUUAAGAAUUAUAUGGUCUGAAAGGUGAAAAGUGAUGUUUUACGCAGCUCUUUGUUGUUAUAGGGAACAUUACAUUUUCUAUAGGAUGAAAGGAACAAUUUAUUUUACACUCUUUCAAGUUUUCAAAACUUCAAGGAUGGUAGUUGCCUAUUUGUAUGUUGUAUUCUACCAUGUAACUCUUACCAUGUUUACAACAAAAUUGAAAUUGCCUCUUGAUUUACCAUUUUAAUGUGUCUUUGUCUGAAUUGCAUAUAUUUUCCAAUAUGUUUUGGAAUUUUCCAAGUGCAGGGCUUUUGGGGAUAGGGAGUUCUUUGUACUACCAGGAAUAAAAAGAAAUUGGUGUCUGAAGAUGGCAAGAGUGUGUGUGUGUGUGUGUGUGUGUGUAGCUAUAUAUAAAGAGAGGGAAAGAGAGAGAGUGCACAGUAAUAAGGAAUAUAAAGCUGUACCAUUGUUCUGUAUAGAAGGUGAAUAGAAAUUAUUGAAAAAGUCGGAAGAAGUAUAGUAUUGUAUUUGUAAUGAUAUUGUUCUUUGUAAACACUAUACUUGAUGAGUUCUAUAUAAAUAUAUAUAUAAAUA